AUGGGUCCCUACCCGAUUCCACCCCUAGCAGCAAGGAGAAAAAGUCUGUCGUCGCUUCAAAAAUGCACGGCGGCUAUCCGUCAACUGGCAUAUGGCGGUUCUGCCGACCAAUUUGACGAGUACUUGCGAAUGGGUGAAACAACUGCCCUCGAAUGCUUGUCCAACUUUUGCCAAUGCGUGAUACAAAUAUAUGGAGGUGAGUACUUAAGAAAACCCAAUGCAACUGACAUCACUCGUUUGCUUGAAAUGCAUGAGCAAAAGCAUGGUUUCCCUGGGAUCUUAGGAAGUCUUGAUUGCAUGCAUUGGGUCUGGAAAAAUUGUCCGGUUGCGUGGAGGGCACAGUACACGCGAAGCGAUCAUGGCUAUUCAACAAUUGUGCUUGAGGCAGUCGCAUCUGUCGAUUUGUGGAUAUGGCAUGCAUUUUUUUGA